AUGCCCCAAUUUAUGCAUUUUAGAGAUAGUGGUGAUACACUUCCUUUUGUUGUACGUCAAAAUGGAGGUGUUGUUGAUCAAUCCUCGUCUGCUGCUUUACUUAAAUUGCUUUUAAUUCGGCGUAAUAAUUUGUGUGGUCUUUUAUUUUGUUUUCUGGUCACUGCUUUACUUUAUGUACAAUUAUACAAAUUUCCGAAUCAGUUACAGUUGGUUGAUAAGACAAUGGAUGUUUUACAAAAUAGAGAGUCAUAUAAAAAAGGGAUAGCUAAUUCUGAGAGACGAAAAGACGCUGAAAAAAUAAAAAAGAAAAUUAUGCCAAUGAAUAUUCCAAAAUUUGAAGGUCCGAAAAAUGAUAAACAAAAAGCUUUAAGAGAUGCCUUUUUACAUGCUUGGCGAGGUUACAAACAAUAUGCUUGGGGACAUGAUCUUUUAAAGCCUGUAACACGUACAUACCAGGAAUGGAUUGAAUGCGGUUUAACCAUUGUUGAUUCAUUGGAUACUCUUUUAAUUAUGGGUCUAAAUGAUGAAUUCAAUGAAGCAAAGGAAUGGGUAGCUAAAGAGUUAGAUUUUGAUAAAAAUAGAUUUGUUAGUCUAUUUGAAACAACUAUUCGGAUACUUGGAGGUUUAUUGAGCGCUUAUCAUCUUUCUGGAGAUCAAAUAUUUCUUACAAAGGCAGAGGAUAUUGGGCGUCGAUUAUUACCUGGUAUUAGCGAUUCACCUACAGCUGUUCCUUACAGGUGGGUGUUUUUUUAUAAAUAA